GCGUUCCUCUACAGCGCUCGCUUCCGACGGCACUAGGACCCAGGGAAGUCCCUGAGCGAGGUUCGAGGAAAGGCAGCCAGACUCCUCCUUAUCUCCAGUGUCAAACUUGACAUCAGCCUGCGAGCGGAGCAUGGUAACUUCUCCAGCAAUCAGAGCGCUCCCCCUCACAUCAGUGGCAUGCUUCAUGGAGAUAUGCUCCUCUCACUGCCCUCUGCACCAGCAACAUGGAUUGUCACCUCUCCAUCCUCCUCCUUCUCAGCUUCUCCAUUCUCAACUGCUUCGGGGAACUGAUUCUCCAACCUUCCAAUGAAGUCAAUCUGCUGGAUUCAAAAACAAUUCAAGGGGAGCUGGGAUGGAUCUCUUACCCAUCACAUGGGUGGGAAGAGAUCAGUGGUGUUGAUGAACAUUACACACCCAUCAGGACUUACCAGGUGUGCAAUGUCAUGGAUCAUAGUCAAAAUAAUUGGCUGAGGACAAACUGGGUCCCUAGGAACUCAGCUCAGAAGAUCUAUGUAGAGCUCAAGUUCACUCUACGGGACUGCAAUAGCAUUCCACUGGUUUUGGGAACUUGCAAGGAGACUUUCAACUUGUACUACAUGGAGUCCGAUGAUGAUCAUGGGGUCAAAUUUCGAGAACAUCAGUUUACAAAGAUUGACACCAUUGCAGCUGAUGAAAGUUUCACCCAAAUGGAUCUUGGGGACCGUAUUCUGAAACUCAACACUGAGGUUAGAGAAGUAGGUCCUGUCAACAAAAAGGGAUUCUAUCUGGCAUUUCAAGAUGUUGGUGCUUGUGUUGCCUUGGUGUCCGUAAGAGUGUACUUCAAAAAGUGCCCAUUUACAGUGAAGAAUCUGGCUAUGUUUCCAGACACAGUACCCAUGGAUUCCCAAUCCCUGGUGGAGGUUCGAGGAUCUUGUGUUAACAAUUCUAAGGAGGAAGAUCCUCCCAGGAUGUACUGCAGUACAGAGGGUGAAUGGCUUGUACCCAUUGGCAAGUGCUCAUGCAAUGCUGGCUACGAAGAAAGAGGUUUUAUGUGCCAAGCUUGCCGACCAGGUUUCUACAAGGCUGCGGAUGGUAAUAUGAAAUGUGCCAAGUGCCCACCCCACAGUUCUACUCAGGAAGAUGGUUCAGUGAACUGCAGGUGUGAGAAUAAUUACUUCCGAGCAGACAAAGACCCUCCAUCCAUGGCUUGUACCCGACCUCCAUCUGCACCAAGAAAUGUUAUCUCUAAUAUAAACGAGACCUCGGUCAUCCUGGACUGGAGUUGGCCCCUGGACACAGGAGGCCGGAAAGAUGUUACCUUCAACAUCAUAUGUAAAAAAUGUGGGUGGAAUAUAAAACAGUGUGAGCCAUGCAGCCCAAAUGUCCGCUUCCUCCCUCGACAGUUUGGACUCACCAACACCACGGUGACAGUGACAGACCUCCUGGCACAUACUAACUACACCUUUGAGAUCGAUGCCAUUAACGGGGUGUCAGAGCUGAGCUCGCCACCAAGACAGGUCGCUGCAGUCAGCAUCACGACCAACCAGGCUGCUCCAUCGCCCGUCAUGACGAUUAAGAAGGAUCGAACGUCCAGAAACAGCAUCUCUUUAUCUUGGCAGGAACCUGAGCACCCUAAUGGGAUCAUAUUGGACUACGAGGUCAAAUACUAUGAAAAGCAGGAGCAAGAGACAAGUUAUACCAUUCUGAGGGCAAGAGGCACGAACGUUACCAUCAGUAGCCUCAAGCCUGACACUACUUACGUAUUCCAAAUCCGAGCCCGAACAGCAGCUGGAUACGGGACCAACAGUCGCAAGUUUGAGUUUGAAACUAGCCCAGACUCUUUCUCCAUUUCUGGGGAAAACAGCCAAGUAGUGAUGAUUGCCAUUUCAGCGGCGGUGGUGAUUAUCCUGCUCACAGUCGUCACCUACGUCUUGAUCGGGAGGUUCUGUGGCUAUAACAAGUCAAAACACAAUGCAGAUGAAAAAAGGCUUCAUUUCGGGAAUGGACAUUUAAAACUUCCAGGUCUCAGGACUUACGUUGACCCACAUACAUACGAAGACCCUACCCAAGCAGUUCACGAGUUUGCUAAGGAGUUGGAUGCCACCAACAUAUCCAUUGACAAAGUUGUUGGAGCAGGUGAAUUUGGAGAAGUGUGCAGUGGUCGCUUAAAGCUUCCUUCAAAAAAAGAGAUUUCAGUGGCCAUCAAAACCCUGAAGGUGGGCUACACAGAAAAGCAGAGGAGAGACUUCCUGGGAGAAGCAAGUAUUAUGGGACAGUUUGACCAUCCCAACAUCAUUCGACUAGAGGGAGUUGUUACUAAGAGUAAACCAGUCAUGAUUGUCACAGAAUAUAUGGAGAAUGGUUCCUUGGACAGUUUCUUACGUAAACACGAUGCCCAGUUUACUGUCAUCCAGCUAGUGGGGAUGCUUCGAGGGAUCGCAUCCGGCAUGAAGUACCUCUCAGACAUGGGUUAUGUUCACCGGGACCUUGCUGCUCGAAACAUUUUGAUCAACAGUAAUUUGGUGUGUAAGGUUUCUGAUUUUGGACUUUCACGUGUUCUAGAGGAUGAUCCCGAAGCGGCUUACACAACAAGAGGAGGGAAGAUCCCAAUCCGAUGGACAUCACCAGAAGCUAUAGCUUACCGCAAGUUCACGUCAGCCAGCGACGUAUGGAGUUACGGGAUUGUUCUCUGGGAGGUGAUGUCCUAUGGAGAGAGACCAUACUGGGAGAUGUCCAAUCAGGAUGUGAUUAAAGCUGUGGAUGAAGGCUAUCGGCUGCCGCCCCCCAUGGACUGCCCAGCUGCAUUGUAUCAGCUGAUGCUGGACUGCUGGCAGAAAGACAGAAACAACAGACCCAAGUUUGAGCAGAUUGUCAGCAUUCUGGACAAGCUUAUCCGGAACCCAGGCAGCCUGAAGAUCAUCACCAGCGCGGCAGCAAGGCCAUCAAAUCUUCUUCUGGACCAAAGCAAUGUCGACAUCACUACCUUCCGCACAACAGGUGACUGGCUUAAUGGUGUCCGGACAGCACAGUGCAAGGAAAUCUUCACAGGCGUGGAGUACAGUUCUUGUGACACCAUAGCCAAGAUUUCCACAGAUGACAUGAAAAAGGUUGGUGUCACUGUGGUUGGUCCACAGAAGAAAAUCAUCAGUAGCAUUAAAGCUCUAGAAACACAAUCAAAAAACAGUCCAGUUCCAGUGUAAAGUGUAAUUUCUGGAAGAAAGUGGUGGCUGUGGAAGAUCUAGUAUCAUUCUACAGACAGAUGAUAAUGCUGGAGAUGCUGGUGGCAAUUCCAAGCCCAAUAAGACACUCAGAUAUGAAUACAAAUGCCUUAACAUGGAAUUGAAAGACUCUUUAUUUUCCCCUAUCAUUUAGUGGAUGGGAGGGGGGUGUAUUUUGUUUUGUAAUUGCUUUUUUAUAUUAGUUGAUGUGUUAAAUUAAAAUUCUUCAGCGUGGAAUGAUGAAGAACUAGCAUAGAGCCAUUGAUCAUAAACUGAUUAUCAUAAAAGCCGAACAAGUGUAAUAACAAGAUGAACAUGGUGGCUCUGUUUACUAAUAGCCACAAAAGAAAAGACUUGUGAUAUUUUUAUACACAGAAGAAAUCUGUAACAGGUAUUUUGUUUCUUUAAAAGCAAGCAAAAUAGAGGAGUUUAUACCUCAAACUAUCUGGCCAUAUAUACUACCUUUUUCAUUGUAUUUUUCUCUUUUAUCUGUUAAAAGCAUUUAGAAAUGAAGUUUGUAGUUGUUUUAAGUACUAUACAUUUUUAAUUGUUAGCUUCUUAAGUAUUACCAUGUAAAAAUGUGUCUUAAUUUUGAAGAAAAGUACAUAUUUAUUUUCUUUUGAAUUGUUUUUAUUAUUUUCUAUUUAUAGCAUGAUGAUUUAAUUUGGAUUUGUUACAGCCAAGUGCCAAAUGUUCUUUAAAAUUGUCAGCAGUAAGAAACAUGGUAAACUAGACAUGGGGAAUGAUGGGUUUCUUUCCAGAUUUUCUGAACCAUCCACUUCUAUGUACCUAUAUCUAUAUACAAAAAGAAAGAAACCAAACCCCUUCCCUGUUCAUACAUUACUUAAAUCUCAGUUUGAAUUAUCCUAUCCAUUUUUGUCUCUCCAUUUAUUACAAACUGUAUGCUCCUAAUUUAGUGUAAUAUACUGGCUUGUAUGUAAUGGAUUCUCAAUGACAUACCUGCCCUGCUCUGGUGCUUAGGAGACCAUUAACUCCCUCCAUUAGUAAAGGAGCUACAUUUGAGCUCCUGAGUAGAGAAUAGCUACACUGGAAAAAAUUGGAAUCCUAUUUAGAUUGCUGCAUUAAUUGGCAACAAAGCCUAGAGGCCAAUGCAUGAGUUAAAAAAAUCACUUGCUGACAGGCUUUGAAAUGUCACUUAAUAUCUUUGCUUAAACUUGUUGAACUGUUUAUAGGGAAUAAUGAAAACUAAACUACUCAUCUGUGUCACUGGGGUUUAGCUAAUUUAAUUAAACAUUGUGAUCAUCAAUAGCAGGUAAUAUUAUCUUUAAGAGUCUUCCACUGAAAUGCACCUGUUGUAAUUUUGGUGUAUAACUUAGAAGCCUUGAACUUCUCUGCAUUUAUUGAGCAUCUGAUUUUCACACGAGCUGGUUAUCUAGCAAAUGACUAAAAAAAAUCUGUAGACAAUGGAGAGAUCUCUCAUUGCAGGAACUUAGAAUUACUAUUCCAUAAGGGCCAAAUAUGAGUGUACUCAAUAAUAUUUGAAAAGGUAUACCUGAUGGAGAUCUAGCGACUAAUAUAUUGUGAAGCAACAUUUUAGUUCUAUCUAUAUUCUUUCUAAUGCUGAUAGGAUCAUGUUAUGGGAAUAGACAUGAGAAAUGCAUACGUCACAAGAGUUGGAUGAAUAAAUCAAAGCUGCAACCCUUAUGUUCUUAUGCACAAUGGAACACUAUACACCUUACAGUCACAGAUCAAAAUUCACAAGUGCUAAUUUGUUGUAAAUUUAGUGUAAUAAAGCUUAGGUUGUGUUCCUUCAUGUAUGAGAUUAUUUCUUAGAUUUCUGCAAUAUUCCUUAUAGUAAAAUCAUCCUACUAGAAUUCUGUAUUGGAUAUAGAAGAGCAUGAACUUUUAAAAAGAUAUAUGCGGUUAUGAAAUUAAUUACAAAUUUCACUUAAGCCUGCUAGAAGCAGCUAAAAGACAUUUUUUCUUUCUGUUUUUUUUUUUUUUUUUUUUUUUUUUUGGUAAAUCAGAUAUUUUGUUUGUGUUUUGGAAUGUUCAUCAAGACUUAAAUCUGGCUUCAAUCUCAUUUUUUACCAUACUAGCAUUUACUUUCUUAGUUACUAUUCUGAGAAUACUCAAAAUCUGUGCAUUUCAUGAGUUAAUAGAAGUUGAGAUUUGCUAGAUCUAUUUCACUUCUUUUGGCUGUGGUUUCCAUUUGAAAGUAGAGAUUGUAUACACAGUAUAUUGCUCUUCAUUUUUUCCACUAUUUUUCUAUCUGACCUCUUAUAAAUUUACUUUACAUGCUUUUUACUCUGUACAUAUGUAAACAUAACAGUGUACGAUUCUUAACUGUGGAGUAGAGGUACUAGAAUGCUGAUGGCCAUCUCUUUGUAUAGGACAUGCAUUGACUUUCAAUAAACAUGAAAACACACUUCUUCACAAUGUUAUGUACCAUAUUAUCUGUUUUGUAUCUUAAAUUUGAUUUGCAUAUAUUAUUUAUUUCUGGUAACUCAUGCAGUUUAUGCUGUGCUAAGUAUCAAUUAAGCCAUGUAUAAAUGUGAUAUGAUUGGCAAUAUGUAUUUACUUUAAACUUGUAUUUUCAAAAAUUACACAUUUAGUUUAUAUCAUACAAUGUAGAUGGCCUCUUACUAAUGUAAAAUGAUUUGUAGUGGAAACAUUUAUAUUUUUAUAAUAAACAUAAUGAAAAUAUUUUUUACAGAUUGGAA